AUGGCCUUUAUCCGAACGCUGAAAGCGCGAGAAAUCCUCGAUUCCAGAGGGAAUCCCACCAUUGAGGUUGACCUGGCCACAGACAAGGGCCUCUUUCGGGCUGCUGUGCCUUCAGGCGCUUCUACCGGCGUCUAUGAAGCCUUGGAGCUCCGGGAUAAGGACACCACCAGGUAUUUGGGCAAGGGAGUCUUAACUGCUGUGAAGAAUGUCAACGAAGUGAUUGCCCCCAAAUUCUUUGGAAAGAGCGUCCUAGAACAGGCAGAACUUGACAAGAUGAUGUACGAGGAGAUGGAUGGCUCUCAGAAUGAAUGGGGCUGGAGCAAAGCAAAGCUAGGUGCCAAUGCAAUCCUUGCAGUGAGCAUGGCUAUUUGCAGAGCUGCAGCUGCUUGCAAGAACCAGACGCUCUACCAACGAGUAGCUGAACUGGCGGGAAAGCCCACGGACAAAUUCGUGCUGCCGGUACCAGCCUUCAACGUCAUCAAUGGAGGCAGCCACGCGGGCAAUGGCCUUCCAGUCCAGGAGUUCAUGAUUCUCCCAGUGGGUGCUGCCAGCUUCAGAGAAGCACUUCAGAUCGGUGCCGAGGUCUAUCAUCAUUUGAAGAAGGUGAUUCAGGAGAAAUAUGGACAGGAUGCCACCAACGUGGGCGAUGAAGGUGGUUUUGCGCCCAAUGUCACUGAGAGUGACGAAGCAUUGCAGGUCUUGAUGACAGCCAUUGAAAAGUCUGGCCACGCUGCAAAAGUCAAGCUUGGAACAGACGUGGCAGCGUCGGAAUUUUACAAUGCAACUGAGAAGAAGUACGACCUCUAUUGGAAAGACUCUUCCCAGAAAGGGCAAAAAUUGAUGAACACGAGCGAGUUGGCGGAAUACUUCAAAGGAUGGACAGAGAAGUAUCCCAUGGUUUCCAUCGAAGAUCCUUUCGACCAGGAUGACUGGGAUGGAUAUCGGCCGUUCACAGCGGCAGUUGGUGACAAGGUGCAGAUUGUCGGGGAUGACUUGCUAGUGACGAAUCCCAAGCGCAUCGGCAAAGCGGUGGAGGAUGGCGAUGCCUGCAACGCUUUGCUGCUCAAGGUCAAUCAGAUUGGGUCAAUCUCAGAGGCGAUCGAAGCCUGUAAAAUGUGCCAAGACAGAGGUUGGGGUGUGAUGGUGUCGCACAGAUCCGGCGAGACGGAGGACGUCUUCAUAGCAGAUCUCUCCGUGGGGUUGCGCGCCGGGCAAAUCAAGACCGGGGCGCCCUGCCGAUCGGAGAGGAAUGCCAAGUACAACCAGCUCUUGCGGAUCGAGGAAGAGCUUGGCGACCGUGCAGUGUACGCCGGGCUGGACUUCCGAAAGCCGUGA